AUGAGACCAUCCCGCUAUUUCCUUCUGCUGUUAGCGCUGACGGGACUGUCCGGAAGCCGCGUUCUCUCGUUGGAGACAGCGGUAGAGAGCGCCCCUCGUGCCAAGGCUGCUCGCGAUUCGCACGGGGUGCACACAGCGGCAGCAGCAGCACUCGACGCUUCAGGUCUCGACGCUUCAAGUCAACAGGGAGGUGGAGACGGGCGCCGUGAGCUCGAUGUUGCUGCACGCGUGGCGGCACGGUGGCCGAAGCCUUCAGGACGAAAGCAGCCGGUAGCGACAGCGGCGUCAGACGGGGGCGAGGCCGACGACGCUUCCAGCAGAGGUUCCUGGGGUUUCGAUAGGAGCGCUGGCGGAGAGGGAGGCGGGGACGCCAGGGCCAGAGGAUGGCAAUCCGGGGUCAGGAAGCCGCGUCAGUCGGAGACCGCAACGUUCUUCAACUCGCUGGACGAGAACUCGGACGGUGUCCUGGCCGAGAACGAGAUCAGAGAGUUCGUGGGUUACGUCGGAGGAAGCAGCUUGGAUGAUAACUCGGAGAUCUUAGGGGGCGUGUCUACGGUCAUGGGCCGUCUCGAUACGGACAGCGACAAGGGCAUCGGCCUCAAGGAGCUCAGCUCUUGGAUUAAUCGCCUGGGACCGAUGCUGACCGUCGAGGAGGCGGCGGACUGGGUGUCUCACGCCGUCCAACUCCCCCGAGAAGUAGCCGAAGCCUUCCGGAGCAACUCCAUCUCCGCCUACGACUUCCCCGAGCUCGUGGAGGACAACGGUGCCGGCCUGUACGACCUUGGCAUCAAGAGGAAGUUCAGGAAGCGGAUCGUGAAGGCGAUCGAAGUCAGGCUUCUUGGUCUGGGGGACGAGCCCCCUCUCCCCGUGCUGCACCCGCCCUCCUACCUCGGGGGCGGCAAGGCGGAUGAUGUCGCGUCCGUCAGCGGCUCUUCGAGUUUCGUGUUUGUCGACUCCGGCCUGUCGCCCGGGAAGACUUACGUGUACAGAGUGCGCGCUUGGAACCUAAUCGGACACAGCGAGGCGCCCACCGCGCACGUCACCACCCCACCGGUCCACUCCCUCUGGACGAAACCGUGGCGGCUCAUCUCGCCCUGGUGGCCAACCGGGAAUAGUUCCGCCGCUUCUUCUAGUUCCACCGCAUCUCCGGCAGCCUCCGGCCUCCAAGAGCCCGAAGGCAUGGGUGGAUCUUCGUCUGUUGCGAGAACGGCCGGGCCUGCCGAAGCGGGCUUUGUAGAUCGAGGAGGUCUCGGGGGCACCACGGCGGAGGAGGGGGGACAGCCUUCGGGCUGGGGGUGGAGGGACGUUUUCGGGGCGACGUGGUCGGUGCUGUCGUGGGGCGGGUGGGCGGUGAUGGCGGUGGUGAAGGUGCUGCACGCGAUGCUGGCUUUGGCAAUGCUGCAGGCCAACCUCACGCGACUGCGCGCAGCGUACGGCCAUGGCGGGACGGGGGCUGCGGUGCGGAGAAACUGGGCGGCGGCCUUGGUGUGGAAGCUCAACCACCUCUUUACCAGCAACACCGUCAUCUCGGCAGUUGUUCGGUCUCUCAACGAGAAGCUGGAGCGAGUGAUCGGGCUGCCCCCCGUAACCCCGCCCUCCGCGGGCGGCCAAGGGCUGCGGCGCCAGAAUCGGACGAGAAGCUUCCGUACCGUAGGCGGCGGCGGGGGCGGCGGCGGCAGUGAGACCGGACGCCGCAGGGGCCGUUUCGACUCUCUCCCCGCCGGGUCGGGGCGGGACGAUUGGGGCGGCGGCCGCGGCGGCCUGUCGAGGAUAGACGAGCAGGACUACUCCGGCCUGGGAGUCGGGGACUACGGAAGGCGGAGGGACUCGAACUCUUCCCGGCGCUGGAGGGGCGGCUACCCGCCGGCAGGGGACGGGAGGAGCCCGCCGUCCACGUCAGGGAGAUCGAGCGGUACCCACGCCGUUGUCGAUGAUGAGGAGAGCGAGCCUUGGUAUUGCGAUCGUUCCACGGAACGAUCCGCAACCGGAACCGGCGCGGCUUCCCCGGUAAACCCGCCGCCGGUGGAACGGAAGAGGUGGUUCGGUUGGGGCAAGGGCGUUCCCGCGGAAGGCGGCAGCGUAGGGGAGGGGGCGAUAGAUGCGGGUCCCCGGGCGGGGAUGCCUGCUGGGGAGGAGGGUGACCGCCUCCGCGGGAGCGGCGACGAAGUGGAAAGCUUUGACGGUUAUGGCGAUGAUGCUCAAGAGCUUUCCGAUGGCGGUAUCUCUGACGGGUUUCCGUGGGACGGAGACAGUGCCGAAGACGUGGGCGAGGUCGAAAUGAGGCCAAGCCUGGAGAGGAGUGGGUCGUCUCUGGACUUGCGGCGGGCGUUGCCGCACUUCAGGAGUGUCUCGGUGGGCCGCCUUGCGCUGGGGUUGAAAAAGGGGGAGCCAUCUGGCCGGGACGGCUGGCGGAAGGAGUUCCACGCCGCGGGGGCAUGUUUCUCUUGCCGCAAGCCUUUCAAGACCAUCACCAGGCAGAGGCACCACUGCAACAGGUGCCAUCGUGUGUUCUGCGCCAAGCACGGCUACACGGCACACCUCAAGGGCACCGUGUGCACCAUCCCGGGGGGCUGCAUCUGCGAUGUUUGCCUCGAGAGUGUGGUCGGUGUUGAGGGCGACGGCGCCACACACGAAGCGCGAACGACGCAGCAGCGGCGGCUGUUCAAGGCUGACUCCGAGGGCGGGGCCGCCUCUGUUAUGAGCACCGGGAGCGAAGGCGGGGGCUCUGCGAACGGGAGACGAUUCGGGUGGGGGCGGUCGACAAGCUUCGGCGGGCAGCUCCGGAGGAGGAGAAGAGCCGCCCCCAGCGACCAAUCAGCGAGCGAGAAGAAGGAUGACGACGAGGGGCCGUUUUCGGAAACCGUUACCGGCGCAGAAGACGACGGCCUCGGCGGCGGCGGUGGUGCAACUGACCGCGACUAUGACCCUCCUCCGAACAGCGCGAGAUCUAAAGCGGCCAAGAGAUCGGCGGUGCCGGUGUCGAGUUCGGAAACCCCUCUGCGAAUAGCCUCCGUUAGAGCGCUCACGGCCAGCCCCUCUGCCGAUGGUAGCAGCCCUGCCGCCGCCGCUGGCGACGGAGGAGGAAGGGGCUCCGCUGAAUCGUUCUCCUUAGACCCUCGGCGUGUCGGCCGGGGGGUGUUCGGGACUAGAAGGAGGAUAACGAGAUAGCAUGGUGGCGGUCGUUUGUCGGCCGUGGUGUCGAGCAGCAGCUAGUCUUGACUCGUGCUUGCAAUUGGUGCUCGUGGUUGACAAGUGAUGGAAGUAUUGCGCCUCUAACUUAUAUCGGGAGGUGUGGCCGGCGUUGGUGGUGGGGAGAUGACGUGUAAACUUUCGGUCGGUACGAUGAAAGCCGUUUGGGCUUUGGGGUGGAAUUGGUAUUGUAUCCCCUCUGGUUGACCUAGUCUAUGCGUCAUCCAUACGUAGCGAUGUCAGGAGCUUGGUGUACUUGGGGCAAUUGACGCUAUGUUAUUCGUUAUUUGUACUCUUCCUUUUAUUGUGAGUAGGAGAAGGUUUUUAGGCUUUGUCGUCGCUGCGGACGAGGCAGCAAGUUCCCCCCUUCCCCGCUUUUGGCCGGUGAGCGGUGUCAACCACGGUUUUGCCGAGCGCGGUCCCCAAGUCUCUCAUGGCGUGCGAGGGGGGCGGUGUAUAUUCGAUGGUGCGUGUCGAUGUUUCCCGUGCGGCCUGUUGCGUGUGGCGUAGGCAAAGGACUUCGAGGGUAGGCGUGUUUUCGGCCAAAACGGGGUGGGGACCGGUUCGAUAUUUUGCGCGAUGUUGGCUAUUUUCGAAUUACCCGUUUUGCAU